AUGUACGAUCGUGAAAAAAUGGGGCUACCUAGCUGGCUAGUGGUUGUUUUGGAUGCGGCCGGAUUUUGGGGCGCGUGGAGAUAUUUUUUGAGGCAAUUUGAGCCGAGCCUAAACCCUAAUGCAAGAAGGGCCGAAGGGGACUUUUUGAUUGAGAAAGAGUUUCAUGCUGAGUAUAAAGUAAAGCCAGUUACAAAGCCCACUCUGGACAAGUUAAAUUUCUCUUUAGGAAUAGAAAAAUGGCAAAAAGCUUGGGCCUAA